AUGGACUCCGAGGAGAUCAACGACGAGAGCGACCACGACGACCAGAACUCGCCGGGAUACUACACCAGGUCCAAGAGAAGGAAGCUGAACAAGAAGCAGCUGGAAGUGGCGACUGUGAGCAGCCCAGACCUAACGGAAAGAAAGAGGAAGAACCCCAUCAUGUUCGUGCCGUCGGAAAUACUCCAGACGGUGUUCAAAUAUGUGUCACACCACGAAUUAAGUGGAAGCAUAAGGCUUGUUAAUCGCAGAUUUAAGAUAAACGCGGAGAACGUGCUGAACCUGGCUUUCAAGAAAAUUGAGAAGAACCUUAACGUUUUGAUAAAAAACGCAGAGGUUUCGCUUGCUUAUACGCAGGAUGAUAUGGAGAUCAAAUGCGUUUCCAAGUUGUUGAACAUGUUGGAAAUUUUAAAGGUGCAAUAUUCUAUAGUGAUGUCCACCAUAUGGAGGUACGUGUACAACGAAUAUUACAGAACCAACAGGUCUUGCAUGUAUGGAGGUCUUCUCAUUGAUACUCACAACAUCUUCUUGUGGAAAUUUGUGCAUUAUCCCAACCUACUCUACGCUCCAGCCGUUGUGAAAGACUAUGCAUUGCCUCAAGAAGUGACAAGGAUUAUCCAGAUGACCAAGACGUUCUGCGUCCACUUCGACAAAGUCAACGAAGAAGCUCUCCACAACUGCUUGGUGUACAGUGGUUGCAAAGUUAUCGACAUUUUGGACUGUGCAAAGUUCAUCCAGAAACUGGUCCUCGACGAGAAAGUAACGUCAGACACUUUUGUAGCAAGAUACAACUACUUUUUCCAAAACUCCUGGUUCAUCGGGCUUCCGAUUUCAGUGACCAAGGAGAUGGAAUGGAAUCAGAAGCAGAGGAUGAUGCACAUGCGACUGAGGAGGGUCGUCUUGGCCCACAACGAUAUGUUCCUUCAGCAAGCUCAAUACGAGAGAGAGCUGAUCUUGAGGCCAGGUCCAACGAUCAGAAUCAAGAAACCUGGGAACAACGUCUACACCGGGUAUGGGGACGUGAUGGAUACGUUUUUUUAUUAUGGAGUCAUGAACGAUGGUGCUUACAUACAAAAGUUUCACCUGGACGAGGACAACGACGAAGACGAGGUGGACGAAGAGGUCCAGAACCAAGCGGGCAACGGCCCCCACGCCAACGUCCCGAGGAACAACUCAGAGGAGGACAUCUUCUACCAGAUAGCCCACUUGGGGUUCCGAAUGAACAUAGAAGUGAGGUGCCCCCUUUCCUACGCUCCCUUGAAGAUACUGGAGAAACUGGACACUAACCAACAGGAUAUUCUCAAGAAGAAGCAUAAGACUAAAGGCCCGACGGGCAUCUCCAUCGUUUUCGAGUGCGAAGGGGCUUCGUAUCCACGGCUACCCACCAUCUACGAGUACCACUUCAAACCAAAGCUUUUGUGA